AGUUUCCAAAUAAGGCAUUUUCCAAUUCCCAUUCCAUUACCUUAUCACACAAUGCAGAUCCUCACAUCUCCGCCAUGGCUCCGCUACAUAGACCUCCCACAUCCCGCGCUCUCUCCUCCCGCACUCCCUCCAACAUUCUCCCCUCCGUCGUCGCCCUCUCCUUCCUUGCCCUUACUUUCCUCGUCUGCUACAAGGUGGAUGACUUUGCUGCUCAAACCAAGACUGUUGCUGGCCACAACUUGGAUCCAACCCCAUGGCAUUUGUUCCCGCCAAAAAUCUUCAGCGAAGAUACUCGCCAUGCCAGAACUGUCAAGAUCAUCCACUGCUCUUACCUCGCUUGCCGCUACGCCAACAACACUGCUACUCGAUUACCUUUGCAUUCCGCUGUUUCGACUCACCAAUGCCCUGAACUCUUCCGCUGGAUUCAUCACGAUCUGGAUCCGUGGGCUCGAAGCCGAAUAUCGAUGAAACACUUGGAUGAAUCUAUGAAAUUUGCGGCGUUUCGUGUUGUGAUCGUGGAGGGUAGGCUUUAUGUGGAUAUGUAUUAUGCUUGUGUGCAGAGCAGGGCGAUUUUCACGAUCUGGGGUUUGGUUCAAUUGCUGAGAAGGUUCCCUGGAAUGGUGCCGGAUGUGGACAUGAUGUUUGAUUGUAUGGACAGGCCGACUAUCAAUCGGACUGAGAACAAAGACAUGCCGCUGCCUCUGUUUCGGUAUUGCACGACCGACGCUCACUUUGACAUUCCAUUUCCCGAUUGGUCUUUCUGGGGAUGGCCAGAAGUGAACAUAAGAUCAUGGGGGGAAGAGUUUAAAGAUAUCAAGAAAAGUUCAAAAAGCUCGAAUUGGUCGAGCAAGUUACCUCGAGCAUAUUGGAAGGGAAAUCCAGAUGUUGCUUCCCCUGUUCGUACCGAGUUGCUGACUUGCAAUCACUCAAUAAAGUGGGGUGCUCAGAUCAUGCGUCAGGACUGGGAUCAAGAAGCAAGAGAUGGUUUUGAGCAGUCCAAGCUAUCUAAACAAUGCAACCACCGGUAUAAAAUCUAUGCUGAAGGGUUCGCUUGGUCUGUGAGCUUGAAGUACAUUCUUUCAUGUGGUUCAAUGUCUUUGAUUAUUUCACCCCUAUAUCAAGAUUUCUUCAGCCGUGGUCUUGAUCCUUUGAAGAACUACUGGCCCAUCCCCUUCGAUAAUAUGUGCGAGUCUAUUAAGCAUGCUGUUGACUGGGGAAAUGAUCAUUUAUCUGAGGCCGAGGCCAUAGGACAACAGGGACAGAAUUUCAUGGAGAGCUUGAGCAUGGACACCGUCUAUGCUUACAUGUUUCAGCUAAUCACAGAGUACUCAAAGCUUCUGGACUUCAAGCCGACCCCGCCCCCAUCAGCUUUAGAAGUGUGUUCUGAGUCCUUGCUUUGCAUUGCUGAUGAGAAACAGAGGCAGUUCCUCGAGAAGUCAGCCACCUCGGCUUCUUUGGUCCCUCCAUGCUCGCUCAACCGUGCCGGUAGCGAUAGCGUUUACAGUUGGUUGCAGCAAGAAGAGACGAGGAAGGCGAUGUAGGUGGAAGAAAUGGCUGCAGGGAAAGCCUCAGAGUUGAAGUUUGUAUGUUUUUUCUUCCAUUUUAGAGUAAUGUUUAUAUUAUAGUGCUCUAUAGAGGAUUUAUUGUGAGCUUGUGUAAAAGAUGUAUCUGAGACUCUGAUCUCAGUCUAUUUAGAGAGCCUGAUUUGGCUUGUACCUGCCUUGCUUGAUACUGAUUCUAUUAUUUAGGUAUACAAUGCAAGCGCGCAACACUCUCGUUCAACAAAUGAGAGUUUUUUUUGGU